AUGGUAACUAGAUUUGAAACAUUACCUAAUGAAAUUCUUCUUUAUAUAUUUUCUUAUUUUGAAUGGUUCGAUAUGUUAACAUCUUUAUGGUCAUUUAAUAUUCGCUUUAAUUCUCUUGUAUGUUCAAUUCUUUCGAUAAAUGACAAUCGAUUGAACAGUGGUCUUUUUAUUACACAUGGUUUAUCUUAUAAUACGUGUUGUUCAAUAUUAUUUCCAUUGAUUUUAAAAUCAUCAUCUCUUUCCUCUUCUAUUCAAUGCAUUCAUUUUGAUGACACAAAUUCAAUUUCUUGUGAUUUUAGCUAUGAAUGGUUAUUUGAUGAUAAAAAUAUUCUUCGUUUUCCUAAUCUUAAAUCACUUAUUCUCAUUCGAUGUGGCUCAAUUGAACCAGUAGUUCAAAGUUUAUUUUAUCUUAUUAAACAUCAAUUAGAUGAACUUACAUUAAUAUUUGAUGAACACGUAUUCAACCAGUUUUAUUAUAUAAAAAAAGAUUUGUCAGUGGCUUCUAAUAAAGGUAAUCAAUCAUUUAUUUGA